GUCAACUGAUAACUACUUUGGAUCUUCUAACAAAUUCCAAAAGCUUCUGCUAUCCUAAUUCUCUCCCCCCCCCCUCCCAAUCACACACACAAUACCAAAAAAAAAAACAGUUUUCCAAGGGUUCCCGGUAGUGAUUUAUGCCUGCUGAAUCUUCCCAAUGGCCUGUAAUGAUGCAGACCAGCCUUUGCUAUCAGAAGUAGCAACCCCGAAAACUCGAAAGAGUAAUGGGGAUGGACCGAAGCGGAGAAGGCGGCUUCGACGUGUUCGAAGUGCUCCGUUUGCGGAUAUUGGUCCGACUGAUCCUAACGGAGAAGAAGCACUUCCGCGUUCCGAGUCCAUUUUCGGGAGACUUAACAUAAAUAUCAAGAAGGUUUCCGUAGUUUUGACAUUAUACUUGGGUAUAGGCACCCUUUGCUUUUAUACAAUCAAGAACCAAAUCAGAGGAGAUAAAACUAAUGGAAUUCUUGAUGCUGCUUAUUUCUGUGUCGUUACGAUGACCACCGUCGGAUAUGGUGACCUCGUUCCUAACAGCGACCUCGCGAAACUGCUAGCCUGUGCUUUCGUCUUCACAGGAAUGGCUCUAAUCGGAUUUGUGCUUGGCAAAGCUGCUGACUACUUGGCGGAGAAGGAAGAGGUAUUGCUGGUUAAAGCCUUAAACAUGUAUAAAAAAGCUGGUGAAUUUGAGGUUCUAAAGGAGAUUGAGACUAAACGUGUGAAAUACAAGUUUUAUACAACAUUGAUCCUUCUUAUUGUGCUUAUUUUAACCGGGAUCGUCUUCCUACAUAAAGUCGAGAACUUAGACCUCAUCGACGGGUUUUACUGUGCUUGUUCUACAAUUACAACCUUGGGAUAUGGAGAUAAAAGCUUUUCAACUGAAGGGGGACGUAUUUUUGCUGUAUUUUGGAUAUUAGCUAGCACUAUAUGCUUGGCUCAGUUCUUUCUCUACGUCGCCGAGGUAAAUACAGAGAACAGACAAAGAGCACUGGUGAAAUGGGUUCUUACUCGAAAAACAACACAAGUAGAUUUGGAGGCUGCUGAUAUUGAUGACGAUGGAGUCGUCGUAGCAGCGGAGUUUGUUCUAUUCAAACUUAAAGAAAUGGGGAAGAUUUGCCAAAAUGAUAUUUCACUUAUCUUGGAGGAAUUCGAGGAUCUCGAUGUUGACCAUUCCGGAACCUUGUCGGUAUCCGAUAUAACCGAAGCUCAAUCCGGUGAAACUAGGACCUCAUAGAAACAUUAUAUGUAAUGGAAGGUUAGUUAAACUCCAGUAUUAGCCCAGCCUCUAUUGGAGGAAUGAGGCGAAUGUUCUUACAACUAAUCUUUAAACCUAUAAUGCGAACUUUUAAUCACUUAUAGAUCACUGUGUGAGUUAUCGAGUACUCCGACUUCAUCAAAUUGAAUUGAACUUCACACAUGUGAAUGUAUUUCGCAAUGGAGAUUCUUAGCAACUUCUGGUAGAGUUUAAAGUAUGAACUGUUUGCCAUUUUACCAGUUAGCUGGUUCUUGUGCAAAUGGAAAGGUUGUUAUGCAAGCAAAAAAGCAAUAUACACACUUUUCGAACUUGAAUGGCAAGCUAUUUCGUGCUCUCGAAUGUAUAUGAUGUCAUGUU